AUGGGCCACAAAAUAACAUGGAUGGGAGAGGAGGAGGAGGAGGAGGAGGAGGAAGAGAUGAGCCAAUUAAUAAGUCUGCGUCUUCGAGACGAGAGCGACGCCCUCCCUACUUGGCAGGGAUGUGCCUCACGGAGAAGUGUGUCAUUUGAUGACGAUCUCUCCCCUUGGCCCCACGCUCCCAAAGGGAAGAAAAAGAAAAGGAAAUCGGAGAGAAAGAGGAAGAGGAAAAGGUCUCCGUCCUACAGCCUGUCACCAGUGAGGAAGAAGAAGAAGAAGAAGAAGAAGAAGAAGAAGAAGAGCUCUAAGAAAUGCAAACGCCACAGGUACACCUCUAAAAAGACAAAGCACAGCUCUUCAAGCUUGAAACAUAAGAGGAAGGGUGAUCGAAAGCACAAAAAAAGCUCACGGAGUCACACGAAGCGGAGACGACACGACCGGAGGUCAGAGUCAGAGAGUUCCACCUGGCGCUCCUCCAGCACCGAGAGCAGCCAUCAUCUGCACAAAUCAGUGAAUCACCCUGUGUUGGGAGGCCUAGCUGCCCAGAGGGAGGACCCUAGUACAGCGCACCUGGACCACAGAGCGUUUGAGUGGGGGUCCGCCGCCAAGUCAGUCUGUAAAACGACUCCAAUCUUUCGCUCCGUCCUUUCUACUGGCACCGUCUUGCAGUCAAAACCUGGCAGUGAGGUUUUAAACACGACAGUGGUUCACCAUCACACUCUGACCAAUCAGAGCAAAGGACCACAGGACUACGAUUCCGGGAAUGACACGUCUUCACCACCGUCGACCAAAACCAGCAUUUCACGGACAAACGUCAUCGGUGACAAAAAGGUCUUGUGUCAAGCGCCGGCUUCCCCAGAGAAGCUGAAGUUUACAGAUGGCGAUAACGCAUCCGACUCUGGGAACUCUGUGACCAGCUAUGCUUCCCUGUGUAAACCUCUGCAUGUGGAAGGUGGUUUGUCUACUCCCAUUUUCAAUGGGAACGGCAAGAGUGAGCCGGUAACAACCUCAGUAUGUGGGGCCAGGGUGGGGAGACUUCAGAAGACAGUCUCUUCUCGCUCUCCUUUGAGGAUGGUGGCCUCUUCGCGUAAGCGGACUAGAACCAACUCGUCGAGCAGCAGAAGUAGAUCCUCAGGGAGCUCAAGACAUUCCGGACGCUACUCUCGAAGCCGAUCACUGUCAUCUGCCAGGAUUCGAGAGAAGAAGAGGGACCCCAGCUCCUGUGAGAAGGAUGUGAAGCACAGCAGUCAGAAGCGAAGCGGGAAGAGGCAUAGACGCAGGUCCUACUCUCCAAUGAGGAAAAGGAGGAGAGAUUCACCCAGUCACCUGGAAGCCCGGAGGAUAACUAGUGCCAGGAAGAGGCCCAUCCCCUACUUCCGGCCCAGUCCUUCAUCCAGCAGUCGCUCUACCAGUGUAUCCUCUUGGAGCAGCCUCUUCACACGGAGUCGCAGCCCUAGGUCCAGUCCUGGCCUCUGCCUCAGUAGUUCAAGGAGUAGGAGUAGGAGCAGGAGCCGAGGAAGAAGUAGGAGUAGGAGCUACUUCUCCUACCGGAGCUACAGUCGCAGCUCCUCUUGGAACUCCAUCUUUGGUCGCCGGAACCGCAGUCAGAGCCGGAGUCGCAGCUAUGACUCGUUGGACGGUUACAGCAAGGGCAAGAACCGGCACUGA